AUGCCUCUUACUCCAGAGGAAAUCAUCAAAGACUACGUCGACGACGGGAGUUCCGUCGAACGUGUCAACUGGCGCAAAAGAAAACUAAAAUUCGCCAUCGUCGAGUCCAAUCCAGCAUGGCCACAGCGAUUCCUCGACACCAAGGCACGGAUCGAAGCUGAACUAGGCCCAACGGCGGUCGCCAUCAACCAUGUAGGAUCUACCAGUGUUCCAGGUCUGCCGGCAAAAGAUGUCAUCGACAUGGAUCUGGUAGUAAAGGACAUCAACGACGAGGACUCCUAUGUCGCCCCUCUCGAGCGGCUGGGCUUUCUAUUUCUAUUUCGUGAGCCAGCCUGGCAUCAACAUCGCUUCUUCGUCGACGAAGGAGAUCGCGAUGGUGCAUAUCCGAUCAAUCUCCACGUGUUUGGGCCGGAUUGCCCGCAAGUCGAGACACACCGGAUCUUUCGCGAAUGGCUAGUAAAGACACCAGAUGACUUGCUGCUAUACGCGACGGUGAAAAGGGAGUGUGCUGCGGCUGCUGAAGCAGCGGGUGAAUCGAUGCAAGAAUAUACCGUGCGGAAGGAUAAAGUAGUAGGGGAGAUUUUGAACAGAGCAUUUCGUGAUUUGGGUUACAUCAAGUGA